AUGUCAGAAAAUAUUGGAACUGUUAUUGGAGGAUUGCCUAGGAGCGUGAAUGAACAAGAAUAUUUCGAGUUAUUUGAAAGCAGUGACUUUACUAAAAAUUCUCAAUCAAUUUUAGUCUAUGAAACGGACAUAUUGGAUUGUAUUGAUGCUCUAAAUAAGUGGAAUUAUGACAAUAUGCUUGAUAUAGUCGAAUAUUAUAGAGAAACUUUAACCAUAAAUAAACAAAUAUCCGAUAAAAAUGUGAGAGAAAAAUCCGAAUUACUUAUCAAACAAUUUAAAUUAUUAACAUAUGAUAAGCAUGGUGAGGCAUUUUUAAGACCGGCUGUUUCACGUAUCAUUCUAUUAAUUCUUUGUCAUUUUAAACGCUCUUAUAUGUGCAAUGAUACUCUUUUCCCAGCUUAUUUGCCGAAGUUCCGACCAUUGUCGAAUAUCAUGAAUAUUCAUCAAGAGAUUAGUUAUGCUUACUGCUAUCUAUUAGCAGCAAUUGAUAUUGAAUUAGAUAGUACAUAUAAAAUAAUCAAUGAUAUUCGUUUUUAUUAUAUAAUGAGCCCUGCUGUUAAAAAUAGUUUAUUUACAGUAUAUGAAACAAUGUUGGAUCAUGAAGAAAACUUGACAUUGAAAGAAUUCUUUAAACGGCUAGAAGAGUGCUAUUAUUUGGAAACACAUCAGCGUACAUUUGUUUCAAUAAUCAAAGAUUUCAACGAAUUUAUUGAGAGAUAUGAAUAUUUUCUUAAUAACUAUUUAGACUUUCUCAACAAUGACUCAUCUGGAACAUUUAAUCUUGAAAAAUUGAGCAUAGCAAUGCCACGUACAGAUUAUUUAGAUAAGGACAAGGUGCGUGGUUUAUGUGUGAUAAUUAAUUUUGUUAACAUCGUUUCUAAACCAAUACGUCAUGGUUCAAAAAGAGAUGUUCAGUUAUUGACAAAUUUAUUUAAAGAAAUGAAUUUUAUUGUCAGAAUAUGUAAAGAAGAUUGUAACAAAAAAGAAUUAGAUAGAGAUUGA